CAGCUCUGGGAAAAAGAAGCCAAAGUCCAGAAGCAAAGCUCACCUGCAAAGAGCGGCAGCUCCGCAGCGGGGAGACGGGCUGCGAUGGGCACCUUUGAGGAGCAGACCCAGUGCGUGGUGGAAGCUUUGUUCUUCGACCUCCUGAGCGAAGAGGAGAGCAGCUACCGGAGCCUGGAGACUGACUCGGGAGGGCCGCUGCUUUUGGCGGAGGAGCCCCCAACGGCGUUUGACCCUGUGGUGAUCGCCAGUCGCCUGCGGCAGAUGGGGGACCAGUGCAACAUGGACUUUGAAAGGGUUUCCUCGGAGGCUCUUGCUGACGUCCUCAAGGGAAAGAUGGAGAGGUUUGGGACUGCCGUGGACUCCCUCAGCAGGAGCUGGAGUCACCAACACCCUGAGCUGGUCUAUGAGAAAGCUUUCCUCUGUGUUUCUGUGAAACUGCUAAUGCAUCUCGCUAAGAAAAUCCCAGCCAUGGUGCAUCCCAGCCAAUUAGUCAGUGUGAUUAACGGAAAUCCACAAGUGAGAAGCUACAUUGAAGCCUGCGGCGGAUGGGAGAACCUGGGCAGCUGACAGGAAGGCUCUGCUGCUUCCCAGAAGGCGCCGAUGGGUGUUCAUUGAUUUAACGGGGAGAAAUGCUGUUGUAUUUCUUCCAGAGGCUGUAAGAAGAACUGUGCACAUAAGCAAUGGGUAAAAGAUUCUAUCGCACUGUAAACAAAAAUUAAUAAAUGACUCUCUUAUUUA